CGCGGGAUUGCAACUUGCGUUGCGCACUCGUGUUGUGAAGUUGGAUUCUUUUUGAACAACUGACUCUGUUCCUCUUUUUGUUCAAUAAUAAUAUUUAAAUUUCUUUAUAUAAAAGUUAUUUAAUUCACUAUCAACUAUGAAGCCUGAAACUAAAUGCGUUCUACGUUUUGCCAAAUUGUCUAAGGAAGCUUUCGCUCCGACUAAAGGUUCAGAAAAAGCCGCAGGUUUCGAUCUCAAAAGCGCAUACGAUUACAUUGUUCCAGCCCGCGGCAAACAACUAGUUAAGACCGACAUCCAAGUUCAACUACCGGAAGGUUGCUACGGUCGAGUAGCUCCCCGAUCCGGGUUAGCUGUGAAAAAUUUUAUCGACGUCGGGGCCGGAGUGGUUGAUGAAGAUUACCGAGGCAACCUCGGUGUGGUUCUGUUCAAUCAUUCCGAUACGGAAUUCAAAGUGACCCGAGGUGACCGUAUUGCACAGUUCAUCUGCGAGAGAAUCUUUUACCCCGAGUUGGAGGAAGUGACUACCUUGACUGAAACUGAACGCGGAGCUGGCGGUUUCGGUUCUACCGGAACACAGUAAGAAGGAGGGAGGAGUAAAUGUAAACGUUUUAGAAUAAGUUUCAACUUUUCGUUUGUAUCGUUUUGUUAAUAAACAUUACCCAUUUAAUCAA